AUGUGGUCAGCUGUGGCCAGCAUACUCCGUCAUGUGGCCAGCAUACCUUCAUGUGGCCAGCAUACUCCAUCAUGUGGCCAGCAUACUCCAUCCUGUGGCCAGCAUACUCCAUCAUGUGGCCAGCAUACCCCGUCAUGUGGCCAGCUUACCUUCAUAGGGCCAACAUACUCCAUCAUGUGGCCAACAUACCUUCAUGUGGCCAGCAUACUCCGUCAUGUGGCCAGCAUACCUCCAUGUGGCCAGCAUACUCCGUCAUGUGGCCAGGGCAUACUCCAUCAUGUGGCCAACAUACCUUCAUGUGGCCAGCAUACUCCGUCAUGUGGCCAGCAUACCUCCAUGUGGCCAGUAUACUCCGUCAUGUGGCCAGUAUACUCCGUCAUGUGGCCAGUAUACUCCGUCAUGUGGUUGUGUUGGCCACAUGGAUGUAUGAGUUAUAUUGCUCAGUCCGUCAUCAUAGUCUCUUUUAAAGUGUUUUCCUGUGUUGCAGGUGCGGGUAUUGGCCUAGCUAGUGCGGGUAUUGGUCUAGCUGGUGCGGGUAUUGGUCUAACUGGUGCGGGUAUUGGUCUAGCUGGUGCGGGUAUUGGUCUAGCAAGUGCGGGUAUUGGUCUAGCUAGUGCGGGUAUUGGUCUAGCUGGUGCGGGUAUUGGUCUAGCUGGUGCGGGUAUUGGUCUAGCUGGUGCGGGUAUUGGUCUAGCUAGUGCGGGUAUUGGUCUAGCUGGUGCGGGUAUUGGUCUAGCUAGUGCGGGUAUUGGUCUAGCUGGUGCGGGUAUUGGCCUAGCUGGUGCGGGUAUUGGUCUAGCUGGUGCGGGUAUUGGUCUAGCAAGUGCGGGUAUUGGUCUAACUGGUGCGGGUAUUGGUCUAGCUGGUGCGGGUAUUGGUCUAGCUGGUGCGGGUAUUGGUCUAGCUGGUGCGGGUAUUGGUCUAACUGGUGCGGGUAUUGGUCUAGCUGGUGCGGGUAUUGGUCUAGCAAGUGCGGGUAUUGGUCUAACUGGUGCGGGUAUUGGCCUAGCUGGUGCGGGUAUUGGUCUAGCUGGUGCGGGUAUUGGUGCGGGUAGCUGGUGCGGGUAUUGGUCUAGCUGGUGCGGGUAUUGGUCUAGCAAGUGCGGGUAUUGGUCUAGCUGGUGCGGGUAUUGGUCUAGCUGGUGCGGGUAUUGGUCUAGCUGGUGCGGGUAUUGGUCUAUUGGUCUAGGUGCGGGUAUUGGUCUAGCUGGUGCGGGUAUUGGCCUAGCUGGUGCGGGUAUUGGUCUAGCUGGUGCGGGUAUUGGUCUAGCUGGUGCGGGUAUUGGUCUAGCUGGUGCGGGUAUUGGUCUAGCUGGUGCGGGUAUUGGUCUAGCUGGUGCGGGUAUUGGUCUAGCUGGUGCGGGUAUUGGUCUAGCAAGAGCGGGUAUUGGUCUAGCUGGUGCGGGUAUUGGUCUAGCUGGUGCGGGUAUUGGUCUAGCUGGUGCGGGUAUUGGUCUAGCAAGUGCGGGUAUUGGUCUAGCUGGUGCGGGUAUUGGUCUAGCUGGUGCGGGUAUUGGUCUAGCAGGUGCGGGUAUUGGUCUAACUGGUGCGGGUAAUGAUCUAGCUGGUGCGGGUAUUGGUCUAAUUGGUGCGGGUAUUGGUCUAACUGGUGCGGGUAUUGGUCUAACUGGUGCGGGUAUUGGUCUAGCUGGUGCGGGUAUUGCUCUAGCUGGUGCGGGUAUUGGUCUAAUUGGUGCGGGUAUUGGUCUAAUUGGUGCGGGUAUUGGUCUAACUGGUGCGGGUAUUGGUCUAACUGGUGCGGGUAUUGAUCUAGCUGGUGCGGGUAUUGCUCUAGCUGGUGCGGGUAUUGCUCUAGCUGGUGCGGGUAUUGGUCUAGCUGGUGCGGCUGGUGCGGGUAUUGGUCUAACUGGUGCGGGUAUUGAUCUAGCUGGUGCGGGUAUUGGUCUAAUUGGUGCGGGUAUUGGUCUAAUUGGUGCGGGUAUUGGUCUAAUUGGUGCGGGUAUUGGUCUAACUGGUGCGGGUAUUGGUCUAACUGGUGCGGGUAUUGAUCUAGCUGGUGCGGGUAUUGGUCUAACUGGUGCGGGUAUUGCUCUAGCUGGUGUGGGUAUUGCUCUAACUGGUGCGGGUAUUGCUCUAGCUGGUGUGGGUAUUGGUCUAACUGGUGCGGGUAUUAGUCUAGCUGGUGUGGGUAUUAGUCUAACUGGUGCGGGUAUUGGUCUAACUGGUGCGGGUAAUGAUCUAGCUGGUGCGGGUAUUGGUCUAGCUGGUGUGGGUAUUGGUCUAGCUGGUGCGGGUAUUGGUCUAGCUGGUGCGGGUAUUGCUGUAGCUGGUGCGGGUAUUGCUGUAGCUGGUGCGGGUAUUGCUGUAGCUGUUGCGGGUAUCGCUGUAGCUGGUGCGGGUAUUGGUCUAGCAGGUGCGGGUAUGGGUCUAGGAGGUGCGGGUAAUGGUCUAGUUGGUGUGGGUAUUGGUCUAGCUGUUGCGGGUAUCGCUGUAGCUAGUAUUUAA